AUGUCAGGCUGGGGUUUCAGCCUGUUCGGAGGAGGAGGGAAGGCGAAAAAUGCGCCCAAGGAAGCGAUAAUAGACCUGCGAAAGCACUUGGAGAUGCUGUCCAAGAGAGAAACGCACCUGCAGAAUCAAAUGUCAGAAUAUGAUGCCACGGCACGAAAAUACGUUACCACGAAUAAGAAAGCCGCGAAAGAAGCCCUUCGAAAGAAGAAAGACCUCGAGCCACGCCUGGAACAAACGUCCGCGCAAAUCAUGACCCUCGAGCGACAAAUAUACAGCAUCGAAAACGCAAACAUCAACAAGGAAACAUUCGACGCAAUGAAGAAAGCCAACGCAGCCAUGAAGCAGAUCCACAACGGCCUAACACAAGACAAAGUCGACCAGACAAUGGAAGAACUCCGCGAACAACAUGCAAUCGGCGAGGAUAUCUCCGAGGCCAUCACACAGUCGAUGGGCACACAAAUUGCCGACGACGACGAACUCGAAGACGAGCUCGAACAACUGCAGCAGGAGCAACUGGACGAGAACCUGCUCAAAACCGGCAGUGUACCCGUCGGCGACAAGGUUUCUGCGCUGCCGAGCGCUCCGCAUCACGUCAAACCCGUCGAACAAGAGGAGGAUGACGAGGAAGAGGAGCUGCGGAAGCUGCAAGCGGAGAUGGCCAUGUAG